CAUGUGAACCGGAAAUAAUAGUACAAGCGGUUUUAAAAAUGGCGACCGGGGACAGGAGUGUGUUUACACUUGUUAAUGCGAUCAUAACGGCUCUAAUCAUAGAAAGUCAAUGUCGACUCCAUCAUCUCAUACUUAAGGAUGACAUCCGUCAGCGGGUCCAUCUGAACACUUUCGGCUUUUAUAAAGAUGGUUACAUGAGUAUGAGCAUGAACAGCCUCAGCUUCACUAAUGACAGGAUGGACAACAUCGACAGCUCCACGAUUGGUUUUAGCCUAGAUCGUGUGAGCAAUAAUGGCUUCUCCUCAUAUCUGGACGAGGGUCUUGACUAUUGUCCUCUGAAAAAGGAUCCAAGUAGUAAUUUUGCAGGGGUGCUUCUCUUGCUGGACUUCAAAAAUAACUUAGUGAGGAAGAAGACUUCAGCAGAGGCUGGCGUGUUUCCUAACAUCAUACCUGUGGUCCCCAAAAACACUGUGGAGGAACUGCAAGCUGAAAAGGGGCAAGAUCUCCUAGAGAAGGGACCAGAUGAUGAAUCUCAGUCUAAGACGGGUUCUAAAUCCAAGCGAGAUGUUGAGUCCCUCCAGAGCAAGGCAGAAGACAUCUAUCCUCUUCAGAACGAAGGCAAAAUCUACUCAUUUCAGUUUUACUUCAAUGUCACAACAGAUGAGCUUCAAGGCCUUUAUAACUUUUAUUUCUACAACUGCUACUCCAUGCCAGUAAACCAGGACAGCUCAAUGUCAGACAUGCUGCCUUUCAGCAUUGAUAUCAACAUCGAGGAGAAGAAUCCAGACAGCUUUCUCUCAGCCGGAGAGAUUCCUUUACCUAAGCUUUACAUCUGCAUGUCCAUGUUCUUCUUCCUCAUCGGCACGCUGUGGAUUCAUGUUUUGCGUACCCAUAGUUCUGAUGUUUACAAGAUUCAUUGGCUGAUGGCUGCUCUUCCAUUCACAAAGUCACUUUCCCUUAUUUUCCAUGCAAUUGAUUACUACUACAUUUCCAAUCAGGGCUUUCCUAUUGAAGGCUGGGCUGUGGUCUAUUACAUUACUCACUUGCUGAAGGGGGCGCUGUUGUUCAUCACUAUAGCAUUAAUAGGAACUGGUUGGGCCUUUGUCAAGCAUAUCCUCUCAGAUAAAGACAAAAAGAUCUUCAUGAUCGUCAUUCCCCUGCAGGUUCUGGCCAAUGUGGCAUACAUCAUUAUUGAGUCCACCGAGGAGGGCUCCAGCGAGUAUGGUCUGUGGAUGGAGGUCCUGUUUCUGGUAGAUCUGCUGUGCUGCGGGGCUAUUCUCUUCCCAGUUGUCUGGUCCAUAAGACAUUUACAAGAGGCAUCAGCAACAGAUGGGAAAGCUGCUAUCAAUCUGGCUCAACUGAAACUUUUUAGGCACUACUAUGUGAUGAUUGUGUGCUAUAUUUAUUUCACCCGCAUCAUUGCCAGUCUCAUCAAGGUCAUUGUUCCUUUCCAAUGGAAGUGGCUCUACCAGCUGUUGCAUGAGCUGGCCACUCUGACCUUCUUCUUCCUAACCGGACACAAGUUCCGGCCGGCCUCCUACAACCCCUACCUACUGUUGUCUGUGGAGGAUGAAGACGUGGAGAUGGACGAUGUGGUAACUACCUCAACAGCCAUUGGAGAGGGUGUUAAGAAAGUGAAGAAACUGUCAAACGGACAGUCAGAGGAGAGAGAGAGCAUUGCAUGAUUAAAAAAUAAAAAUCAACUGUUCUCUGCCGGUUCUGUGUGCUUCUGGACUUUGUGGCCAGCUACUGACAUGGGGAAUAUUCUUGAAGAAGAGCUUAAUAGCUUUAUGUGCAGAACUCCCAGUGGACAUUCUCUCAUGAUCACAGGUGAAGACACCGCAUUCCAUAUCCAUAUAUAGUUCUAUCUCUGUAUGUUCCACAGACAGUAUGGAGAAUUCACAUUCCUUCACUCCAUGAUUCCUUUUGCCACUGUAAUUGAUGUGCUUGGUGCCGUGCUUUUUCAUUUAACCUUGAUUGUGUGAGUUUUAUUUAUUUAUUAAUUUAUAUUAUUUAUGACCUUCAUAUGCAUUUUCUUGAACUUAGACACUCUGUGGCACUUUAACAGGUACACGCUAGUCAAGAGAAAGCCUAUGUGCGGUCACUGUGAUGUGUAGAAAACUGCUGUGCCAGUGACGUCUCUUUCAGCUAUUAUUUAAGUGAUUAUUUCCUGCUCUCGGACUUAAUUUUUUUUAUGUAAAUGCAGGCCCUUAAAACGUACAUAACCCAGAUUAAUGUUACAAAAAUAUAAAGUGUACAGUUCUCAAGCUCAGUCAGAUUUGAUGACCGCUGCUUUGUAUUUUAUCAGUAUUUGUGGGUUGUUAAAUAUGGAUGAUGAUAGACUUUAUUUUGAUGUUUAAUAUCUUGGAGCUAGCUUUAUGAAAUUGUGUUUCAGUAUUAAAUUGUGCAAAGCUUUCAAUACUAUUUGUCUUUUAUAUUUUAUUAGAAGUGUGUAUAUGUCAUGUGCAAUCACAUGUUGAUAAAGAAUCAAUCCGAAAUCAACCCUGAAAUUGUCAUCCGCGUUUUUAAGCAUUUUGUGUAAAUCAGGAUUUUGUUUUUCAACAUACAGCAUGGAAUACACAGAAGAGGACUGGUAUUACAUUAGGAUAACAUUUUCCGUACUUCAUAUUUAUAAGUGAUUGUAACAAACACUGUAAUGCUAAAGCAGUAUCUUAUCAUGCUUGGACACUGUAAACAUUUGAUAGCACUAAAGCAAACGGCUCGCUUAUAAUUUAUUCACAAAGUCUCGAGUGCUGUGCUGACUUCUGCUCAAGUGCUAUUAAGAGCAUCUGAUGUUGACAAAAUGUCAAGGGGAACCAAUGAAGAGUUUUGUCUGCUGAGGAUAGGAGAAUUGCAAAUGCUAAUUCUAUUUCCCUUGUGUCUGCUUGGAAAAUAAAAAAAAAA